AAAAAAAUUUGUUAUCGGCGGGACAUAUAGGUUGUUGCAGUGCAAUUUCUGUGUUUUUUUAGCCCGAAAUAACAACAGUUACUUUAGGAAAGAAGGUUACUGUUGUCUUAAAUGUUUAUUGCAAUGAGUAAGUUUAGAUGUAAGUGUUUAAAUCUCACUGUACAUGUGAAGGAGAAGGCGACUCGCGAAGCGGAUGGAAAAGCGUUUGUGGCAGAGACUUGUACGGCAGCUUUCUUUGAUCAGGGACUUUAUGAAGUUGAACUGGCAAUUGGUGGAAUAACAAAGGAAGUGCCAAGCCUUGUUAGAGAGACCAGAGUAGAAGACUGGGAUAUUUUUACUUGCAUCAAUUGUAACAUGGACACCCAUGCUUUACAUGCAGUCAAAAAAUAUGAUCGUGUCCUUAUAAACAGAGCACUAGAGAGUGACCCUGUUGUUCAUGGCAAGAUAUCCAGUUCCUCAGAGUAUUCCUCCGUCUUCAAACUUGUUGUCACACCAGUGAAGGAAAGUGAUCAACAAAUUGUUGAUAACUCAUUUGCAGGGAAUGCUGUUUUGCUUGGCCAGGAUACGAUUUCUCUUGCCAUGGUCAGUGUACAGGAACGUGUCAAAAAAUACCUUGAGGCUGAAGAAAACGCCAUGAAUGAAAGAAUACGGAAAUUCAUUGAUGAACAGAAGGCAGCAUUUGCUUCCCUUCAGUCACAGGUGUUCAAGGAUAAACAGGCUGUUUAUUGUACUAUCAAAAGAGAAGAGGAAAAAUCAUUGGAAGAGUCUCUCAAUGAGGCAAUAGUAGACAGUUCAUUAGAUACUCCGGUGCCACCCAAACCUGAAAACACAGUCCAUAAACUGAAUGAUCACCAUCCCGUUAACCAAGUUCACAUAACUCAAGUGGCUUCACAAAAAUAUCCCUUGCAUCUUGGUGUUAACCCAUCUCGGAAGACAAGGAGGUUGCCACACAAACCACAGCAAAAGGACUGCUCAUUAGAAUCUGAUGCAGAUCCUGUCUUUUCAUUGGACGAUUUCAUGGAUGACACAGAACCUUUCUUUGAGUCUGAAGAAGAUGAUUUCAGUAGUAGUGAUAACAGUUAUCAGAGUGAAGAGCCAGCCUACAAUCCCAGGGUAAAGAAUAUUAAAAAAUCCAUGCAGUACUCCACAUCGGUUCCCAUUAGUAUGCCAACAGGGAAAAGCUCACCUCCAGACGACGAUCAUGAGUUUGCGAUACCUGAACCAAGCAAGAUUGGCGAAUCCAUGAGAGCAUUAGCUCGCAGUGUACAUGACAACAGAGAGAAACUCUUUGGGGAAUUACCAAGACCAAGGCGGAGUGCAUUCUCUUACAGAUAGUGAAAAGAGUUAAAAUAAUAUUAUAGUAAGUUCGACAAAUUACUACUAGGUAACUUUGUGAAAAAGCUAGGAAUAAAAUUUUAUUUGUCACAGUCCCUGUAACAGCUUGCUCUUGUAUUUCUGUGCAGGGUCAUGUUUUUGGCCAGUGCUGAAUAAAAAUAAAGAAGUAAAGAAAAUGUGAUUUGGUCAGAGCUAAAUAACUAAUUUAUUUUCUAUUGCAUUGACAUUUACAAAUCACUUUGAAACUUGUUUAUCUUAGGUUAAGUGUGUAAUGUGUGGUUCUUUAUUUGUAAUGACAAUGGUUUUAUUAUGAGUAGGUGGGCAGUUGUGAAAUAUUGAAUUUUUCGCUCACAUUGAAUAGGACAAAGGUAGAUAACAUAUUAUUACUCAGUGGUGAUGUGCAUCCUAUUGCUGCCACUUGACAAACUUUUUGUUUCAGUAGUCAUCUUUCAAUGAUCACAUGGUACAAAAUCCACCAUGCUUAAUGUCUAAAGAAUGUGACAGCCUGGAAAACAACACAACUUGAACUGGUCGAUGUUUAAUUCUUUGUUUUUAUAUCCCGGUGGGUAGUUUGAUUUCUUGUACAAUCUGUCAGACCUGUUGUAAAAGGCUUAUUUGACCAACUAAGAUCUAAAAGGUGAGGGAAAACAUAGUUGUCACUGCAGCAUGCACUUGCAGGACUUGUGACAUUGUACGGGGUCAACUAUAUCCACAAACUUUUUAGAUUUUUGUGGCUCCGUUUUGGUGUGUUGUGUCGGUUUAUAAGGACAUGGGAAUAAUAAUCAUAUUUCCUUCAAUUUAGAAUCAAUAGGGAGCUUUAGCAAUGACAAGACCAGCACCAAUGAUGAUGGCUUGUAAAAACUGGAUUCAUAUUUUACCUUUGAAUGUUGCAACUGAGUUGAUCCGUUCAGUACGCCUAUCAGUCUAAAAACUUGCUUAGGUUAAAUAUGCAAUGACAAUGUUCAAUUCCAAAGGAAGAAAAGAAGAAAUUAACCAUUGCAGUUCAGGUUCUCUAAAAUACGUAGAACUUGGUCAUUAUUAUUUAUGUUGUUGUUUUGUAGAUGAUGGGUGAGAAAUGUGUCGAGAUUGAAAAGGCAUGUGCAGAACCAUUGUUCUGCUCAUUGAACCUUUUGUUUCAGGAUGUUCUUGUUGGCAUCUUC